AUGACCAUCUCCUCCACCAAACCAAAGGUGAUCUUCAUCAUGGGAGCCACCGGCACGGGAAAGUCAAAGCUGUCGAUCGACCUGGCCACCAGUUUCCCCUGUGAGAUCAUCAACUCGGACAAGAUCCAAGUCUACGAGGGCCUUGACAUCGUCACCAACAAGCUCCGCAUGGAUGAGCGUUGUGGCAUCCCACACCACCUCCUUGGCGUCAUUUCCAACCCCAACGCUGACUUCACCCCGGAGGACUUCAUCAACCACGUCCAUGCUUCCAUCUCCGACAUCACCCACCGCGGCCGCACUCCCAUCAUCGUCGGUGGCUCCAACUCCUACCUGAAAGCCCUGGUCGACAACAAUAAUAAGUUCCAAUGUUGCUUCCUCUGCCUCGACGUGUCUCUGGACGUGCUCUUCCAGUAUGUGGACGACAGGGUUGACCAAAUGGUCGAGGAAGGGCUCGUCAACGAGAUAAGUACAAUGUACGAGCCUGGCAUUGACUGCUCGCGCGGCAUAUGGCGGGCCAUUGGGGUUUGCGAGAUGAAGAAGUACCUGAAUGCCGAUGAAAAGGAGGAGGCUUUGUUGAGGGAGGCCAUUGAGAACACUAAGUACAAUACUCGAAGUUUGGUUUGUCGUCAGAGGAGUAAGAUCCAACGGCUGAGAGAUGAGCACCUGUGGGAGAUUCAAUGGCUUGAUGCCACACCAGUGUUCGAGAAACGUAAUCGUGGGGAGGACAAGAUGGAGGUUGACAAAGCUUGGAACCAGUUUGUGCUCAAUCCAAGCUUAGAGAUUGUCACUGCUUUUCUGAGAGAAUAA